UUCACUGCGAAAAAAACAUUUGUAACCAAUAUCAAAAAUGGAGAAAACCAUCUUCAGCAAUCCAUGGAUUCUGACUACUUCCACUCUAGUAGUAAUAACAAUCAUUACCAUGCUAAUGGUAUUCAAAAGAAAAAAAUCAUCGACAAUGGUAUGGCCAACAGGGCCAAAAACGUUACCAAUUAUUGGCAACAUGCAUGUUCUUGGAGGUACAGCUCUUCAAGUUGUCUUACAUAACCUUGCCAAAAUUCAUGGCAACGUUAUGACGAUAUGGAUCGGAAGUUGGAGACCAGUUAUUGUCGUUUCGGAUAUUGAUCGAGCAUGGGAAGUACUUGUUAACAAAUCUUCGGAUUAUUCGGCUCGUGAUAUGCCAGAAAUCACUAAGAUUAUUUCUGCUGAUUGGAAAACUAUUUCUACUUCUGAUUCUGGUCCUGGCUGGUCUAAUCUUCGAAAAGGUCUUCAAAAUGUGGCGCUAUCUCCUCAUAAUUUAGCUGCACAAAGUCAAUUUCAGGAAAAAGAUAUUACCAAAAUGAUUCAAAGUUUGAAAAAAGAAGCUGCGAGCAAUAAUGGAAUUGUCAAACCGAUUGAUCAUCUUAAGAAGGCGACAUUAAGAUUAAUUAGUCGAUUGAUUUUUGGCCAGGAUUUCGAUGAUGAUAAAUAUGUUGAUGAUAUGCAUCAUGCUAUUGAAGAGUUGAUCCGUGUUAGUGGUUAUGCUCAGCUUGCCGAGGCAUUUUACUACGCGAAAUACUUACCAAGUCAUAAGAAAGCUGUUAGAGACGUCGAAGAAGCAAAUCAAAGAGUAAAAAAGUUGGUACGACCAUUUUUAUCACUGAAUCCUCCUACUAAUACUUAUUUGCAUUUUCUCAAUUCGCAGAAAUAUGACGAAGAAGUGAUCAUAUUCGCGAUAUUUGAAGCUUAUCUUUUGGGUGUUGAUAGUACUUCUUUGACUACUGCAUGGGCACUCGCAUUUUUAAUCCGCGAACCAGUUGUGCAAGAUAAACUUUAUCAAGAACUUAAGAAUCUUACGGCCAAGAACGAUUGCGAAAUCGUGAAAGUUGAAGAUUUAAACAAGUUGCAGUAUCUACAAGCUGUUCUUAAAGAAACAAUGAGAAUGAAACCAAUUGCACCAUUAGCUAUACCACAUAAAGCUUGUAGAGACACUUCGCUAAAGGGGAACAAAAUUGAUCAAGGCACCAGGGUUAUGGUUAACAUAUAUGCAUUACACCAUAAUGAGAAAGUCUGGAAAGAACCAUUCAAAUUUAUGCCAGAAAGAUUUUUACAAACUCAAGAUGUUGUUAAUGGAAAAGCAAUGGAACAGUCACUACUACCAUUUAGUGCAGGUAUGAGAAUUUGUGCAGGAAUGGAAUUGGGUAAACUUCAGUUCAGUUUCUCUCUUGCUAAUCUUGUUAAUGCUUUUGAAUGGUCUUGCGUUUCUGAUGGAGUACUUCCGGAUAUGAGCGAUCAACUUGGUUUUGUUUUGUUGAUGAAGACGCCACUCCAAGCACGUAUAGUUCCUCGUGUGUAAUCAUCAUACAUCGACCGAGGAUCAGUUACAAUGGUUUUUAAUCAAGUCAUUAAUGGUUUUGUUUAGAGAUCUUGUUUUCACUGCCUUUCCUCUGUAUGCAGUUGAUGUUGGUCAUGUUCCUUUGAUGUAUUGUAUUAAGCUCCUAGUUUGUGGCAUUUUAAUGUUGUAUGGUGUGUUUUUUUAUCCUCUCAAUCGAUUUUUCUGCAAAUUGAUCAGAAUUUUAUCCA